AUGGAGCCUAACGCUGCGUUUGCUGGAGUACCUGGACUCAAACAGCCACCGAGCUUCAACUUCAAUGACACAAGUUCAUGGUCCACCAGGAUUGAGCAGUUCGAGGACUAUGCCUAUACGCAACAGGAAUACACCGAGCUACCGACGAGGUUCUACCCGCACCACUACUCCCCAUACAUUUCGGAUAUCAAGGAUUUCCAGAACUUGUACAUGACGUUUGAUCUGGGCAAGCCGUUUCUGCCAUUUCAGCAGAACAAGCCAUCGUUCCUUCAGCCAGUAAAAAGCUGGUGCCAAUCGCCUAUUAGAACACUGCUGGUGCUCAACGACUAUAUUCCGAGGCGUUCAGGCCUGUCUUCUCACGGAUUUCAUGACUUACGUGGGCGCUAUCAGUGUGCCAUUCCAGAGUUCGACAGCCUCUACCUGAACAUGAACAGUAUCAUCCACGUCUGCUGUUAUCCCAAGGAUGAUGACCCACACUUUCAUAAUACAGAAGAAAGAAUUUUCUUGGAUAUCUUCAAUUACAUAGAUUUCGUGUUUCGCAUGAUCAAGCCCAAUAAGACGUUCUUCAUGGCUGUUGAUGGCGUAGCCCCAAGGGCCAAGAUGAAUCAGCAAAGAGGCCGAAGAUUCAAGUCUGUGAAGGAAGCCCAGGCACAAGAAAAAGAGGCAUGCGAAAGGGGAGAGGUGUUGCCCACUGAGGAGCGAUUCGACUCCAACUGCAUCUCACCUGGCACCGAAUUCAUGGCACUGUUGCAGGAUCAGCUACAGCAGUUUGUGGCCGUGAAGGUCUCUAGCGACCCGCUGUGGCGUGGUGUCAAGGUUUACCUCUCGGGCCACCAGACACCAGGUGAAGAGGAACACAAUGUGAUGGAUUUUAUCCGGACUGAACGAUCCCAGCCUGGUUACGACCCAAACACGAGGCAUUGUUUAUAUAUGGGCUUGAUUCAGGAUUUAAUUAUGCUCGGCAUGUGUUCCCCAGAACCACACUUCGCACUGCUUCGGGAGGAGAUAGUGUAUGGCAAAAGGCAGAAUCAGAAGAGGCUCAAUGUUCCUGAAGAGAUCACAUUUCACCUUCUGCAUCUGUCGUUGCUACGAGAGUACUUGGAGCUCGAAUUCCUAAGAGUUAAAGGUGAGCUACCUACGAUCCCGUUCGAUUUCAAGAUGGACAACAUCAUAGACGACUGGGUGCUGAUGUGUUUCCUAGAGGCCAACGACUUUCUUUCGCACUUGCCCAAUCUCCACAUUGCGCACAAUGCGUUGCCGGUUCUCUACCAGGCGUACAUUGAUGUGAUGCCAUCUCUUGGAGGUUACAUCAACGAAUACAGAAAGCUAAAUUUGGAAAGGUUUGAAAAAUUCUUCACCAGGCUUUCUCAGUUAUGUUUGCUUAUCUUCUUUGGCUAUGAAAAAUUCAUCGACGCACAGGCUGACCAAAAGUUCUUAGCUUCUAAACGAGCCAAUGCCGAAGCACCAAAUGGUAUUGUGCAGCAGAACGGGUCGCCACCUUCUGGCAAGGAGAAGACUAAGGAUCCAGAUGCAAGGCGUAAGGUCAAAACGGGGACAGUGCGGUCUUUCCACUUCGAUGCCUGUUGGAAAAGUUUAGUCACCUGGACAUUCAUGACUUCGAUAGUGGCGAAGACCAGGAGGGUCUUCUUGAGAUGGAGUUUCGUCAGCACAAGGCGGGACUACUACGUCAACAAAUUAGAAUACUCAGAUGUCAACAAGUGA